AUGCAUUCCACGUCUACGGAAACUGUUACGACGGCAGACAUGACAUCAACAAAUGCAUCUAAAGAACCAACGAUAGCAACCACUUCUACUGAAUUAGGAACUACAACCGUAGUUGAAUCAAUUACGACAUCACCUGACAUACCUCUACUACCCACGUCUACUGAAAUGGACAGGUCGACAGAAACAACAACAAAGGAGAAAACCGCCGUCCAUUCUUCUGUGGCUUCUUCAGAAACAACACAUCUAACAACAAUUCAAUUCACUUCUAAAGAUACGGACAUCACUAUGGAGUUGAAAGACGAGACGACAAUUGAUAACCUAUUUACAGAUACAGAACAGUUGAAGCGAUAUAGCGGACCUAUUAUACUAGCAGGUUUAGGAAUUUGUGGUUUUGUGCUUGUUAUCAUUGUUUUCGUUCUUCUUAAAGUAGUUAAAGGACGUUCUAUGAUUGAUACAGAACGGAUCGAAAACAAAAAAGAACAAGACGCAUAUGUCUUUACACCGGAAACGUGUUAUAUAUAUAAAGGCAAACACUUUGGAUUUCAGAAGAUUGCAAUUCAGAAUUGGGACAAUCAUUAA